AUGCCCAGAUCUAAACGUUCCAAGUUGGUGACUUUGGCUCAAACUGACAAGAAAGGCAGAGAAAACAAAGAGCGCAUUUUCGAUGAGAUUCGUGAGGCCCUAGAUUCUUUCAGAUACGUUUGGGUACUACAUUUGGACGACGUACGGACGCCGGUCCUACAGGAAAUUCGUUCCUCAUGGACAGGAUCCAAGCUCAUCAUGGGUAAACGCAAGGUUUUGGAAAAAGCCUUGGGCCAGAAAAGAGAAGAAGAGUACAAAGAAAAUCUUUCAAAACUCACCAAGGCUUGUUCCGGAGUCACAGGUCUGCUUUUCACAGACGAAGAACCUCAGGUUGUGCAAGAUUACUUCAAAUCGUAUGUCAGAGCAGACUACUCCAGACCUAAGUCCAAGGCCCCACUAACGUUUGAAAUCCCAGCCGGGAUUGUCUACUCUCGCGGUGGUCAAAUCCCAGUCGAGGAGGACGUUGUAAUGGUUCACUCGCUUGAACCCACUUUGAGAAACAAGUUCAAGAUCCCAACCAAAAUCAAGGCCGGUAAGAUUACCAUCGAAAGCCCAUACCUUGUUUGCCAAGAGGGCCAGACUCUCGAUGUUCGUCAAGCACUAAUCUUGAAACAGUUUGGUGUAGCCGCCUCCGAGUUCAAGGUGAAAGUUGCGGCCUACUUCGACAACGAAACCAGCUCGGUUGAGAAAGUAGACAUCAACAUGUAA